CUAAAAAACCCGGGAUACAAACAAAAAUGGGGAUUAUUUUGUUUACGGUUUAGUACUUUCACACAAAUUCGUCUUUUCUUUUCUGUUUUUCACAAUUUCGACGUCCGUCCAAUGUAAAAAUUUUCAAUGUUGGCCACAUUUUGAUAUUUUUCUCAACAAAGCAAAUUCCAUGUUCUUAAAUCCUCUACCACUAAGAUUUAUAAAUAUAAUUAUUACCAAAACGUGUUCAAACCUUGAAUUGACAAAGUCCUAUUUCACCACCAAUUGCAAUUUGCAUAUUUCUAAUUUAUCCACAAUGAAACGUUCGGCAAGUUCUCAAAGUUCUUCAGUUAAGAAACAAAAAGUUCUUGCUGCUUUUCCUGAUUCUAAGAAACUAAACAAAGAAUCUUCAGCAGGUGUUGCUGAAUUCAUAAAAAAAAUCGAAACAAAUCGGCUCAAGGCCGGUGAGAGCAUCACGGAUUUCUCAUUCAAAAAGAAGCGCGUUCGCAUUCUCUCCGAUGCAACAGAUGUACCUGAAAAUGCCGAAGCUAUUCUCUAUUGGAUGGACAGAGAUGCCCGCGUCCAGGAUAACUGGGCAUUUCUGUUCGCCCAAAAGCUGGCACUCAAAAACGAAAUUCCCUUGAUGGUGUGCUAUUGUUUGGGACCCAAGUACCUGUCGCUGAGGCUCUAUAAAUUUAUGUUGGCCGGUCUCGAAGAGGUCGAGCGGGAAUGUAGAAAUUUGAACAUUAAUUUCCAUCUUCUAUUGGGACCAGCCCCAGAGGAAAUACCGAAACUGGUUAAACAGUACAAAAUCGGGGCUGUGGUGUGUGAUUUCUCCCCGCUUCGUCUUCCAGUUAAGUGGGUGGACGAAGUAAAAGAUAGUCUUCCUAAAGAUGUGCCUUUGACCCAAGUUGACGCCCACAAUGUGGUCCCAGCCUGGGUUGCAUCGGACAAGCAAGAGUAUGCUGCGCGUACUAUUCGCAACAAGAUCACCUCAAAGUUAGGCAUGUUCUUCACUGAAUUUCCACCGCUGAUUAAACAUCCACAUGAAUACAAAACUAAAGCCGAGGAACCCGAUUGGAAGGCUGCACAUGCAUAUAUCAAGACACUGAAUUGCGAUAUGAAUGUAGAUGAGGUGCAGUGGGCAACGCCUGGUUAUGUGGGUGGCAUGACCCAGCUACUUGACUUUUGUACAAGACGCUUAAAGGACUACGAUUCGAAACGCAACGAUCCAACUCUCGAUGUGAUUUCCAAUCUAUCGCCUUGGUAUAAUUUUGGUCACAUUUCUGUACAGAGAAGUGCCCUUGAAAUCAGUCGCUUCAAAUCAAAGUACAAGGCAUCUGUUGAAGCAUAUUGCGAGGAAUCUAUAGUCAGACGGGAGUUGGCAGACAACUUUUGCUUUUACAACGACAAAUACGACAGCUUACAGGGUAUUGCUUCUUGGUCUCUGAAGACCCUCGACGAUCAUCGUAAGGACAAACGUGAAUGGCUCUACACACAAGAGGAACUAGAAACAUCGAAAACACAUGACGAUCUGUGGAAUUCUGCACAAAUACAACUUGUUAAGGAGGGUAAAAUGCACGGCUUCCUGAGAAUGUAUUGGGCUAAAAAGAUUCUAGAAUGGACAAAAUCUCCUGAAGAAGCUUUGAGUUUCGCCCUCUUGUUCAAUGACAAAUACAGUUUAGAUGGUUGUGAUCCGAAUGGAUUUGUUGGUUGUAUGUGGUCAAUUGGAGGAAUUCACGAUCAAGGUUGGGGUGAAAGAGCUAUUUUUGGUAAAAUUCGUUACAUGAACUAUCAGGGCUGUAAGCGUAAAUUUGAUGUUCCAGCAUUUGUUGCUCGUUAUGGAGGAAAAAUAUAUACGAAGAAGAAGUAAAUUCUUAAGUGUUUUAAGUUCUUAAGUUUUAAAAUAAAUGAGUCUCACU